AACUCAAUAUAAAUAGCAUCAAGGAAAGCGAGAAAACACAAAAUAAUUCGAUGAAAAACAUUUACAGAGUCUUAAAGAAAAGAAGCACGGGAGCAAGGAAAAAAAAGAAGAAAUAAUAGAAGAAAACAAACAAAAUAAAAUUUCAUUGGUCUUUAUAGCCGUACCCCUCCCCUCUUGGGGAUACAAACUUAUACUGACCGAGCCCCUCCUAGCAAAUGUUUUUAGGUUCUCACGUGACUGAGAAAUUUUGCUUUAACUUUCGAAAGGCAAGUCAGUGCCUAUUCUAUAGUUGAAGAUGUUUGUUUUUGUCGCUAUUGUAGCGUUUCUAGUCAGGGAAGGCUCUGGACAAAGUUCAUCUAUAAAUGGGACAGUGUAUUACAACUCAAAAGGGCACUAUUUCACACUCAAGUCAGGCGUGUUAGAUAAGGAAAAUGGAGUAGCGUAUGGAACAUUUGAAGACAGUAUUAUGAAGAAUGGGUGGGGAGAACUUAACAUUGUAUCAGGAACAGGAAGCAAGCAGUACGAUGAUAAAACAAUAAUGUUUGCAGCAGGAUACUUAGAAGGGGCACUCACUGCCAAACGUAUUAACGACCAUUAUCAAAAUGUAUUUGGAAUAUUCUUUAAAUCAAAUCAAUCAGCUCUUUAUAAUAAAGUUAUUAACUUCUUUCAAAAACAGGAUGAUUGGAUGCGCACAAUGAUAUCAAGAAACUCUGGCAAUUCAUCAUUGUGGAGGCAAAUGGGCAAUAUUUUAGCACAAUACGAUGGUCUUGUUUCUGGCUAUCAAGCCCAUCCCCCAAAAGACAAGGUCCUCCCCCACUGGGCAUUCCAGAUAUUAAAUGGUGUUGGAGAUCUUCUAGAUCUGAAGCAUGCAUUACAACCUGAACAAGUCCCGGACUGGAACCACAUGACAGAGCAAGAAAUAACGAGAAAGAUAUUCAUGAAAGGACAUUGCUCUGCAUUAAUCAAGGUGUUGCCAGGCUUUGAAAACAUUUUUGCAUCGCAUGCAAGCUGGUUUGCUUAUGCAGCAAUGGUUAGGAUAUACAAACACUAUUAUUUUGAUCUCAAAGACUCAACUACAGGAGCAACAAAAACGUCAUUCUCUAGUUAUCCUGGAUUUUUGGAAUCACUUGAUGAUUUCUACAUCAUGAACAGCGGUCUUAUUCUUCUACAAACAACAAACAAUGUCUUUAAUACAUCAUUGUAUCAGUAUGUUCAGCCCCAGUCCUUACUGGCCUGGCAGAGAGUGCGUUUAGCAAAUCUUAUGGCAAAAACUGGUGACGAGUGGGCGGCAGUGUUUGAACAGUAUAACUCAGGUACGUACAACAACCAGUACAUGAUUCUCGACUUAAAACGCGUUGAACUGAACAAAACGUUACACGAUGGCGCACUCUGGGUCGUUGAACAGAUUCCUACAUACGUUGCUAGCGGCGAUCAGACUGCGUUAUUGAGGUUGGGAUACUGGCCAUCCUAUAACGUACCGUUUUAUGAAAAGGUGUACAACAUGAGUGGCUAUCCACAGUUUGUUGAGAAACAUGGAGAAUCAUUUUCAUAUCAGCUUGCACCACGUGCCAAGAUUUUCCGUCGAGAUCAAGCCACGGUUCAUGAUAUGGACACGAUGAAAUACAUUAUGAGAUACAAUGAUUACAAGCAUGAUCCAUAUGCCUUCAAUAACCCUGACAAUGCGAUCUGCGCCCGCGGUGAUUUGGAUUCAACGAACCCUUCAGCGGAUGGUUGCUAUGACGCAAAGGUAACAGAUUAUUUCAUGGCACAAUCUCUUGUUUCAUCGUCUAUAAGUGGGCCAACUGCUCAGGGCCUACCACCAUUUCACUGGAGUCAAUAUAAAUUUCCUGAUAGCCAUGUUGGAAUGGCUGAUCUCUUCAAUUUUGACUUCGUCACAAUGAAACCUAAACUAUGAUGACCAAUAGUGUCCUCGCACCCCGGGAAUGGCGGGCUCCCUGUCCCAGGAGAAUAUGAUGACCUCAAGCUGCAUUGAACAAGGCUUUGAUCCAGAGACUUCUACGUUUUGCUUAGAAUGAUAAUUAUCGGAGUUACCAUAGUAGUUAUAUGAUAUGUAAAGCCAUUACAGCCUUUUGCACAAAUUAUGAGACAUUUUUAUAUAUAUAAAUAUACCUAACCAAAUAUCAAAAACACCCCAGAAAUUAUG